GUCGCUCGCGCGGCGCGGACUUGCCCGCUCCCGGGUUGGGAGAGCGCAAAUCUCCUCCCCCGAAAUUCCCCGGAAGCGCGGCGCGGCCAGGCGAGCGCGGCGAUGUGAGGGAGGCGGCCGGCGGCUCCCGCCUCAGGAAGGGCAUGUUCGGAGGGGCGGCCGCGGCGCGCCGCCCGCCCCAGCGCCCCCUCCCCAGCGCCGCCGCCGCCGCCGCCGCCGCGCCCGCACCGCGAUAAAAGGGGCGGCCGCACUUCCUGACGCGAGACCCGCGCUCGCCGCCGCCCGCCCAGGCGGCGAUGACACGGCGCCCGCGGCGGCCCCGAGGCGCCGGGCGGGCCGUUUGCUGACCGGAUCGCGGCUGCCCGCCAGCGUGUCCGCCGCGCCGCCGCCAGCAUGGGCUGCGCACCGAGCAUCCACAUUUCCGAGGGCCGGGCGGCGUACCACGGCGGCAAGGAGGCCGAGGACGCGCCGGGCGCCGCCGCCGCGCCGCCGCCGCCCGCCGGGCCGCGCCUCCCACCCGGCCAGAAGACCACCGCCUCGCCCGGGGCCCGCGGUGCCGGCCUCGCGGAGUCCGAGCCUCGCGACGGCAGCGGCAGGAAGGUAGCCAUUGCUGACGUGCAGUUUGGCCCCAUGAGAUUUCAUCCAGAUCAACUCCAGGUACUUUUAGUGUUUACCAAAGAAGAUAACCAGUGUAAUGGAUUCUGCAGGGCGUGUGAAAAAGCAGGGUUUAAGUGCACAGUUACCAAGGAGGCCCAGGCUGUCCUUGCCUGUUUCCUGGACAAGCAUCACGACAUCAUCAUCAUAGACCACAGAAACCCCCGACAGCUGGACGCGGAGGCCCUGUGCAGGUCUAUCAGGUCAUCAAAACUCUCCGAAAACACAAUUAUCAUUGGUGUAGUACGCAGGACGGAUAGAGAAGAGUCCUCUGUGAUGCCCCUCAUUGCUGCUGGCUUUACAAGGAGGUAUGUGGAAAACCCCAGCCUCAUGGCCUGUUACAACGAACUGCUCCAGCUGGAGUUUGGAGAGGUGCGGUCCCAGCUGAAACUCAGGGCUUGUAACUCAAUAUUCACUGCACUGGAGAAAAGUCAAGAAGCAGUUGAAAUUACAAGUGAAGACCGUGUUAUACAGUAUGCAAAUCCCGCGUUUGAAACAACCAUGGGCUAUCAAGCAGGCGAACUAAUAGGCAAGGAGUUAGCGGAAGUGCCUGUAAAUGAAAAAAAGGCUGAGUUGCUCGAUACCAUAAAUUCAUGCAUCAGGAUAGGCAAGGAGUGGCAAGGAAUUUACCAUGCCAAAAAGAAAAAUGGAGACAACGUACAACAGAACGUGAAGAUAGUACCUGUCGUCGGACAGGGAGGAAAAAUUAGACACUAUGUGUCCAUUAUCAGAGUGUGCAAUGGCAACAAUAAGGCCGAGAAAAGAACUGAAAGUGUUCAGUCUGACCCUCACACAGAUAAUCAGUCAGGCAAACACAAAGACAGAAGGAAAAGCUCGCUCGAUGUCAGAGCUGUUGCCUCUCGAGCAAGUGAAGUCAGCAGCCAGAGACGGCACUCCUCCAUGGCCCGGAUACAUUCCAUGACGAUCGAGGCGCCCAUCACCAAGGUAAUCAACAUUAUCAACGCAGCCCAGGAAAGCAGCCCCAUGCCUGUGACAGAAGCCUUAGACCGUGUGCUGGAGAUUCUGAGAACCACUGAAUUGUAUUCACCACAGUUCGGUGCUAAGGACGAUGAUCCUCAUGCCAAUGACCUUGUUGGAGGCUUAAUGUCUGAUGGUUUGCGAAGACUAUCCGGGAAUGAAUAUGUUCUUUCAACAAAAAGCCUGCAGCAGGUGCCCGGCAGUGUUGUCACCCCCAUCUCCCUUCAUGACGUCCCUCCCCGGAUAGCUCGGGCUAUGGAAAAUGAAGAGUACUGGGACUUUGAUAUUUUUGAACUGGAGGCCGCCACACAUAAAAGGCCUUUGAUCUAUCUUGGUCUCAAAAUGUUUGCGCGCUUUGGAAUCUGUGAAUUCUUGAACUGCUCUGAGGCGACGCUGAGAUCGUGGCUGCAAAUUAUUGAAGCCAAUUACCAUUCUUGUAACCCCUACCACAAUUCCACACACUCUGCCGACGUGCUUCAUGCCACUGCCUAUUUCCUCUGCAAAGAGAGGAUAAAGCAAACGUUAGAUCCAGUUGACGAGGUCGCUGCCCUCAUUGCAGCCACCAUCCACGACGUGGACCACCCCGGGAGGACCAACUCCUUCCUGUGCAAUGCCGGCAGCGAGCUGGCCAUCCUGUACAACGACACUGCCGUGCUGGAGAGCCACCACGCGGCCCUGGCCUUCCAGCUGACCACCCGGGAUGACAAAUGCAAUAUCUUCAAAAACAUGGAGAGGAAUGACUAUCGGACGCUGCGCCAGGGUAUCAUCGACAUGGUCUUGGCCACGGAAAUGACAAAACACUUCGAGCAUGUCAACAAAUUUGUCAACAGCAUCAACAAGCCCCUGGCGGCACUAGAAGAAAACGAGGAAACGAAUAAAGACGAAGAAGCCAUAAACACUAUGCUCCGGACUCCAGAGAACCGGACUCUGAUUAGACGGAUGCUCAUCAAGUGCGCGGACGUGUCCAAUCCCUGCCGGCCGCUGGCGCAGUGCAUCGAGUGGGCCGCACGCAUAUCGGAAGAAUAUUUUUCUCAGACGGAUGAGGAGAAGCAGCAGGACUUGCCCGUGGUGAUGCCGGUUUUUGACAGAAACACCUGCAGCAUCCCCAAAUCCCAGAUCUCUUUCAUUGACUACUUCAUCACGGACAUGUUUGAUGCCUGGGACGCCUUUGUCGACCUGCCUGAGCUAAUGCAGCAUCUUGACAACAACUUCAAAUACUGGAAAGGACUGGACGAGAUGCAGCUGCGGAGCCUCCGGCCGCCCCCUGAAUAGCGCGGCCCGCCGCCGGUUCGAAGCUCCGUCCCUCUGCGCGCCGGGGGUUCCCGCACGCACCCAGAUCCCCGGUCCUUUCAGUAUUAGGGCGAACAGGGCCCAAGGCUGCAGAGCCUGUGAACACGCGUGGGGACGUCGCUGGCCUCCCGUAGCCACCGGCUGACGCCAUCGCCACCAAGUGUCCAUACCCGGCCGGCGGCGGGGGGCCUCUUCGGAAAGUCACAGGAGAACGGGUCGGCGCUGGCUUUCCUUACAGCGACCUUGGCGUGACCCUGCAGACGACAUUGAUGGAUUUCUUGUUGCAAACAAUUUCUCUCAACCGUGUCCAGCACUUAGGAACAGCCAACGGCAAUCGGAGCUUUAGCAACUUUUUUCACAUCAUAGAAGGUGCAAUCACUCACUUUGGAACACUACUGAAAGUGACUUCUCUUUUGAAACUGAGUAGCAAAUGAAAAAUACAAAGAAAUUUUGAAGUUGAUUCUUAAAGAAAUUUUGAAGUUGAUUAAUAUCAAUUAAAAGUUUUAUUUAUUUUAUUAGAAGUUCAAUAUUUUCUAUGAAUUUUAAAAUACUUCAAAGCCAAAGCCAACUUUAAAUGCCAUGACCAAAAUUACGAUUCGUAUGCAUUAAAUAUGUAUUACUUGGGUGUACAGACUUAUUUUCAUAAUGCAAAUUAAGACUAUAAAAUGACACAUUUUUACUGCACUACAGAAAUACUUGUGUAUGUUAAACUCGUUUCUGAUUGAAGCUAAUUGAGAAAAGCUGUCUUUUGUGGGGGGAGGGGGGUCUGAGUCUAGAGCAUGAGAGGAGAGAGACUCCUGUAUAGAAACCAGAGUUCUGAAACUGCUCUAGCCAUCUGAUGAGCUUGGUACUCCCCAAAGUACACGAAAUUAAGACCUAACACUUUUUUCCUAAAAUUUUAUCAUUGAAUUCCCAAAAGUCUGCCUUAUUUUAUAGUGUUUCUACAAGAUAUUCCCUAUGCGAGAACAAAAAUGGAAUAUUUAGUGAAAUGACAUUUUAUAACCAGUCUGUUUUCAUCUGAGGUGGGAAUCUUCAAUUCCAGAAAUUGAUAAAGGUUCUGUAUCUUCCGUCUUGAGUAAGUGUAGUACCGUGAAAAAUGACACAUGAUGACACAUGAUGUCAGAGUGUUUGUCACCUCAUUUUAAAGUUGUAUUUUUUUCCCAGGUAAAAAUGAAAUUAAACUAUUUGUUUUUAAGAAA